AGCAAUGGCAGGAAAGUUCUCGGUCAAGAAUGUGUGCAUAGUGGGUGCUGGGCCCUCAGGGUUGGCUUGCGCAAANNGUAUCUACUUGCUGAGAAAGCAUUUGAGCGCAUCGAUAUCUACGAGCAGCGAUCGCGUGUAGGAGGCAUCUGGGAUUACUCGCCGGAAGAGAAGACGCCCGAUGACCUCCCUGUGCCCAGCGUGACACCGCACGCCGGCCUUGCUAAACCAAAAUGGCUGCAAUCGGGCACCAGGAAGGCGCUGGGGAGUCGCAUCGAGGAAGAGUCUUUAUUCCUUAGCCCGCUAUAUGACCGCUUGGAGACGAACAUUCCGCGCACGUAG